AUGAUCUUCCAGAUCCUUGAGAGGCCUCGACCAGACCUCUUCAGCAAUGCAAUCAUCGACAAGUGCUUCGCUGACUAUGGCGCGGAAGAUGAAGUGAAGGCAUGCAUCGAGAAGCUGCAUGGCGACAAGCAGUCCAUGGAUCCUGCCAGCGGGGGACCGAAGGUAUUGAACAACACAUACAGCAUGUGGCAUCAGCCGGCGCAGGAAUGGACAGUCGUGGGAAGUUAA